ACAAGUCGCCGAGUUCCUGUCGUCGCCUCGUUUCCAUGUGACACUCAGACGCUGACAACUCACGGCCCGACGCUUUACGCAGACCCAUUAUCUUUGAGACGUCGUCUCAGUGACACGACUUUUGCCGAGUUAGGCACAAAAGCGUUCACCUUCAAGGUACGAAGAAACAAAGUUCUCUUCUUGUCCUUGCUUCUGGGAAAACCCGAGACAACUUUGAACCGAUAUGGAUGAGACACGAGUCGUCAACACUGUGCGGAGGACACUACUGUGGGCUGCGGUGUCCACGCUCUGCAUCGUGCCAUCAUACGGGCACUCGCGGAAUGCAGAACACUUUGGAGCCAUAUUCAAGACGAGCCUUCGAGAGAGGGACGGGAUUCUGCCUCCACCAAGCGAUUACGAGAUCCUUCCGGAGUUUGCCGAACCAGUUCCGAACGUCAGCGCCAUUGUUGGCCGCACCGUGAAGCUACCUUGCGUCGUCAACAACUUGGGGCAAUACAGGGUUGCGUGGUUGCGAGUGGAGAGCAAGACGAUCCUGACGAUCCAUAAAAGCGUCAUCACGCAGAACUACCGCGUCCACCUGAGUCCCUCGGACCGCACCUGGCUACUGGUCAUCGACAGCGUCCAGGAAUCGGACCGCGGUGGUUACAUGUGCCAGGUCAACACGGUGCCCAUGCGAAGCCAAGUCGGAUAUCUCGACGUGCUCGUGCCCCCGGACAUCGUGGGCAGCGAGAGCAGCUCUGACGUGCUGGUUCGCGAGGGUUCCAACGUGACGCUGUCUUGCCGAGCCAAGGGCUACCCGGCGCCCCGCAUCACCUGGCGACGGGAGGACGGAACACCCAUCGCCGUCGGAAACUGGCAGGAGCAGCUGGGGUCUGCGGCAGACAACGUAUCUUACGAAGGUGAAGAAUUGAGCAUCACCAAAGUGAGCCGUCUCCAUAUGGGACCCUACUUGUGCAUUGCAUCCAAUGGCGUCCCAUCGCCCGUCAGUCGCAGGAUCCUACUGCAAGUGCAUUUUCCGCCAAUGAUCUGGAUUCCCAACCAGCUCAUCGGAGCCCCGCUCGGCGGUGAAGUGGUAAUGGUUUGCAACACGGAGGCGUAUCCCAUAUCGAUCAACUACUGGACUCUGGAGAGCGGUGACCUCAUCGCGGAGUCUGCCAAGUAUUCGCUCAAUCGCACUGAGAACGUGUACAAGGUCCACAUGAGGUUGCACAUUAGCCGCAUCGCACCGGAAGAUUUCGGCGCAUACCGAUGCUUUGCCAAGAACUCGCUGGGCUCCACAGAGGGUUCCAUACGACUGUACGAAAUUCACGUUCCGCCAACAGCAAAGGUCAAAGAACCAUCAACAGCAAGGAUACAGAGCGUUGAAGAAGGAAAACUUGAGGCUUCUGACGCAGCUGUUACCAAGCAUCAAAGUUUCCCACUAAGGCCACCGAUCGCCGGUUCUUUGCCAGAAGACGCAGGCAAGUACUCCAUGCGCAGUCAAACAAAUCCCGUCAAACUUGCUGCUUUCCUGAGCACCUGAAAUUGUGUUUGACCGAGAAAGUAGUGUAAGACGAUAUCAUAUGCGUGGACGAUCUUUUUUCUUCGACUUAACUUUUUUUUACCCAAUAGAACAGAAACUGUUCUUUCAACUCGGUAGCCUCACAGUUUUUGCCUUCAAGUCAGCGUAGCCCAACCGUGCGUAUUUUUGUUCCGGAGUGGCAUUU